AUGACACCUCCAACCUGUGCUUUGUAUUUCAUCUGUCUGUUCGUGGCAGAUAUGGCUCAUACAACGCUCUUGAAAAAUACAGCGUUACAUUUUAAACCAGCCCAUGUUGGGGAAACUCUGACUUUGGAAUGCCAAUGUGAAGACAAAUCAGCAGUGAUGCUUUACUGGUAUAAGCAAACUUUAGGAAAUAGACCAAGGCUGAUGUCUACAUACUACAAGCACAGUCAUAAUGGUACUUUUCAGGAUCCGUUCAACAUUCCCCGUUUUUCACUGGGUACUGGAAACGUACUGAAGAUAUCAGAUUUGAGAACUUCAGACUCAGCUACUUAUUACUGCGUAAUGAGCAAUUUAUAUGACUUUAAAUUUUGUGAAGGCACAAUUGUCAGUGUAAAGGGUUCAGAUCAGAACAUCCGAGCUUUAGUCUACCAGCUGUCAUCUGAAACCCUACAGCCAGUGCACUCUAUGGUUCUGAACUGUAUAGUACAACCUGGGACCUGUGAUGAAGAACACAGUGUUUACUGGUUCAGAAAGUCUGAAGCAACUCUUCCAGGAAUCAUUUACACCAAUGGAAGCAGGAACGAUCCCUGUGAGAGGAAACCCAACACACAAGGUAACACCUGUGUGUACAACUUGCCGAUGAAGAGCCUGAAUCUUUCUCAGCACCAUUGCGCUGUGGCCUCAUGUGGACACAUACUGUAUGGAAGUGGGACUGCACUAGAUAUAAUACAAAAAGCAGAAUCUCUUCUCUUGGUGCAUUUCUUCAGUGGAGCCUUGGCAUUAACUGCCAUCCUGACUGGUUUUCUGGCAUUCACGUUGUACAAACUGAGCAAACAGCACAGGCGGUGCGCAGAAACUUCUACAACUAGCACAGAGUUACAUCAAGACAGUGAAAACAAAGAAAACCUUCAUUACGCUGCUUUGCGCAACCACAAGACUAACAGAUCAAGAAAAAAAACAGAUCAAACCCAGAGUGAUUGUGUAUACUCCAGUGUGAAGGAACAGAGGUGA